AUGCCCACCCUUCCUAAUAUCCCGAACCUCCCAUCCACCCUUCUCACCCAAGGCGCCAAAACCGCGCAAACGGCACUCAACGAGGGCGCCAAGAUAGCCGCAACGUACGGCGCGCCAGCGAUGAAUAAAACAGCAGAGUUCGCAGGACAUGCCGCAAACUGGACAUCCCAGAACCCCGCCCUCGUAACAUCCCUCCUCAUCGGCAGCGCUAUCAUCGCCGCACCCGCGGUAGUGGCCGCGCCGGCUCUGUCGAUUGUGGGGUUUGGGGCUGGUGGCGUUCAGGCUGGCUCCAUCGCCGCAGCGGUCCAAGGGACAAUCGGCAACGUUGCAGCGGGAAGUGCGUUUGCGACCCUGCAGAGCGCCGGGGCAGCGGGGGCGGGCGCCGCGGUUGUUAAUUCGGCUGUGCAGGGUGCUGCACUUGUUGGUGCCAUUGGAAAUAUUGGGAUCGGGUGGGUGAGGGCGAGGCUGUAA